AUGGCCACAGAGGGAACGAGGUCUGUGCUGUUCGUGUGUCUGGGUAAUAUUUGUCGCUCACCUAUAGCAGAAGCAGUUUUCAGGAAACUUGUAACUGAGCAAAAUAUUUCAGAUAAGUGGAGGAUAGACAGUGCAGCAACAUCUACAUAUGAAAUAGGAAACCCCCCUGAUUCUCGAGGGCAGAAUUGCAUGAAGAAACAUGACAUUACCAUGAAUCAUAUUGCCAGGCAGAUUACCAAAGAAGAUUUCCUGACCUUUGAUUAUAUACUGUGUAUGGAUGAAAGCAAUUUGAGAGAUUUGAAUAGAAAAGGUAAUCAAGUUAAAAACUACAAAGCUAAAAUUGAACUUCUUGGAAGCUAUGAUCCACAGAAACAACUUAUUAUUGAAGAUCCGUAUUAUGGAAAUGACUCUGACUUUGAGACUGUAUAUGAGCAAUGUGUGAGGUGCUGCAAAGCAUUUUUGGAAAAAUCUCAUUAAGGCUCACACUCGUUGCUAAAGGACAACAGUGAUUGACAUCGACUUAAAAAUGAUGUUUGUAUAUCAGUUGAUGUGUUAUUAAAGAGUAAUAAUGUACUAAAAAAAA